GGUCAUGAGCUGUUUCAUCACGGUUAAGGGGCGGUAUUGUACUUCCCUGCUGUAUCAACAACAGUUUAAAAGGCUGCCUGGUCGAGCUGACACUCAAAAAAUGGCCUCGGUAGUCUCUGAAUUUAUUACCCAGACCCUGUGCGACAACAGGGGCUAUCUGGACUUCAAGAGCCUGGAGGAGAAGAUAAAACAGAGGUACACCGUUUCAGAGACGCUCCUCAGCAGCCUGCUCUUUGACGACGGUAAAAUAGCGAUUAAAGAAGGUAGACAGAGAGCUGCAGCAGGUCAGAUAGUUAGUCAGGACAGUCUGAUUGUGGCUAAAACUGCUCUACGACUCUGCCAGAAGAAACCUGGAGAGUGUCCAUCGUGUGCUGGGCUUCACCUGUGCAGGUACUUGGUUAGUGGGGGAUGCACGUUUGGGUAAGUAUCUCGCUGUGGCCUGACCUUUUUUUUUCUGUGUUUGGGCGUGUACAUACAGGUUCGUGUUUUUGAUAAAGCAGUGGGUCAGUUUAAUCAUUACUUUAUGUUCAUUACGGAAACAGUGACUUACAGUAUUUCUCCACAAAAGUGUGAGCAGAAGUCAGGCCUGCAGUUAAAGGAAACCCCUCUGAGUGGGAGUGUUCCCCACAAUGAUCUGGGUUUUGAAAUCUGAUAUCUAGAAUUGUCCAGAUCAUUUCCCUGUGUUACCGGGCAACCAAGAAUCUAUUCAAAGUAUCAGGCCUGUAAAGUUUUCUCUAAGUGUGAAAACAGGUGCGGCUCAGUUUUGAUAUAAAGUUCCUUUAUCAUAACCCACAGACUGUGGAAAUUUUGUGCUGGACUUUGGGCACCUUGAAUCACUUUAAGACAUGAACUUCAAAAACAACUGGAGGCCAUCAUUAAUUAUCCACAUGAGAACACAUUUCACAUAGGCUACAAGUCUAGAUUAUGCAAGUCUCUUUCAGUUUCCUCCUUAUUGAGCUGCACUUGUUCCUUUUGGGCUUCAAACUGAAAUUCUUAAUAUCAGCAGAGAGCUUCUGCAGGUACAAAUAGAGUAAACUUAAUUUAAGACUUUUAUUUUGAGGGUCAAAAAACAAAUUCUCUUCAACUGCCAGGAGUUGCCACUGGAAGGCAACUCCUGGCAGGUUUUGAACAGGUCGAGGGCGGGGAGUUUGACAAAACACGGUCAAGCAUUUUCUUGUAAAGUGACUUAAGGAGAAUGGUCUUUCCAAUUUUCAUGUUUAAAUCACCAACUUUACAUGAUGUUACAGCCGGAAUGAGAUGGCGACCAUCUUUUAAAUGGUCGCCGCCUUGAAAUUUCAAGAAGCUUGGGGCAUUUUCUUGUUGAGCAACUUAUGAAGACUAUCCAUACAAAUCUUCAUGCCUAUAUCACCAACUUAACAAGGACAUCACCUAAUCAUUCCACCUAGGUGGCAGCCAUCUUGAAAAAUGGCCACCAUCUUAAAAUUUCAAAUGGCUGGGACACUUUCCUGGUAAAGUGACCCAUGAGGAAUGCUCAUGCCAAUUUUCAUGCUUGUAUCACCAACUGAACGAUUAUGUCACUUAUCUGCUUCACUAUAGUUCCUUGUGUUGUGGUUCCAUAGCUGUUAAAGUUGGGCUGCUUAAAAUGUUGCUCAGUUACCUUUCAAAAUGAAGAAUAAGAAAUUAGAACUGACUGCACCUGAGAAAUAAGGAAAUAUAAUUUUUAAUGACACAAGGGGCUGAAUGAAAAAGACAUCAACCAAACUGAAGAAAACAAAACACAAAGCAAACAAAGCGGGAUAUGGUAUGUGCUUUGGCAGUGUUAAAGGACAUGCUAGGUGUAAAGAAAGAGAGCUGCAGUCAUUUGUUGCUUCAGCUCUUAACACCAACAACAAAACAAAACAAAACAAGACAAAAACAUUUUAACUGAACCAUGAAAGAAACUUUUUUUUUUGAUUCACAAUAAAUUUUUCGAUGUCAUUUUGUGACAAACUGAGUGAGAUCUAUGUCUAUGAUAACUUAAUCUAUAAUCUAUGAUAACUUUUGUAGCACAUUCUAUCAGGGAUAUGUUUGUGUUAUCAUUGAGUUACAGUUCACAACAAAGACAAACAUAGUUAAAGCAAACACAUAGUCUUCGGUUUUACUUACUUUUAUCAGGUUUCAGGAUUUGAUUGUUCCUUACCUUUGUUCAUUCUUUGUUUAGCCCACCAUGUGGUCCUCCAGUUAAAAAGGGGUUGGCUCUGUAGUUCCUGGAUUUAUAAAAAAUUGGUGAUGUCAGAGCUGACAUCACAGGCUUAGACCAGCUGUGGGAUUUUUCCUUUUGUGAAAUGUUUUUCUUUGUUCAUACUUAGCAUUUUUUGGGAGUGUAAGUAAAUGAUGUAUUUGAUUUGAGUAUAGUUUAGUUGAGCUCAGUACAGACAGCUUAGGUAGGAGUUUUAUUUGAUUUCUUUGACUGAAGAGAGAUCUUAAGCUCCCCUUCAGGUACAUUGGUACACUCUCUGGCAGGUGGGUUGCUGAUUGAGCAGCCUAUAAAAACAGUGGAGAUAGUUGCUCCCAAGGAGGAAGGUGUGCCCUAGUUUGAUCUCUUUUGUGAGUCUUUUUUUUUUGUUGUUGUUGUUGUUUUAAUAGAGCCUGUAUGUAUUGACCUCUCUGUAAAUAAACUAAAAAAAAAAAAAUCCUCACCUCUGGGAAAUCUGAAGUCUAUUAAUUUGCCUUCCUACCACCUUCCUGGACGCUUGAACCACUUAACACACUUUUGAAGUGCUGAAUCAUCUUCAUCUGUGAAAGCUAGCUCAUUUGCACUCUGCUCCUCAGUCAUUUCUCUACGUAACAGCUCAAAGGUCCUCUGCUAUUGAUUUAAAAUACUGCAAUUAAAUUAUUUUUUUGUGCAUGAUAUCAGUAUUUAUUUAAAAAAUUUUUAAUAUUUUAUGUUGAGAUGGCCUUAAUUAAAACGCCUGCAGAGAUUGUGGUUUUAAUCCACUCAAUCCAGCUCAGUUUACAUGAUAUGAUCAUGAGUUUGUAGGCUAUUUUUUGUGGAUAAUGUUAUGAAAUUAAGUUGUUGAAAUGGUAUAUAAUAUUAUGUUCCAUUUUUUUCAGACACAAGUGUACAAAAAACCACAGUUUAGCCUUUCAACACAAUGCAGAGCUUCUGAAGACCCACGGUUGUCAAAAUUUGACGGACAAACAGCUGUUCCAGCUCUUACUGCAGAAUGAUCCUUUCCUGCUUCCAGAGGUGAGUCAAACUAGAAACAGUAAUGACACCUCAUGCAGUUAUGGAGAAAAACUUUCACAUAUAUUAACGAACUUACAUGUUUUUUCACACUCUGUUGACCCUGGUCUUCCUGCUUUGGCACCUCUCUAGAUCUGCCCACAUUACAAUAAGGGUAAUGGUGUGCACGGCUCCUGUAAAUUUGCUGCCUCCUGCACCAAGCUCCACAUCUGCCAGCACUUUUUCCAGGGUGACUGUAAGUUUGGAUCUUCUUGUAAGAGAGCCCAUGACGUAGGUGGAUGUGACAUGAAGAUGUUUCGAGGCCUCAGUCAGGAGAAUGUUACAAACCUCAAUGAGACCUACAGAAAUAAGUGCAUCAUCACCGCUCAACAGGAGAAACCACCUGCUAGGGUUGUAGGUAAAUAAUGAAGAGUUUUUUUGUACAUUUUAAGAGAGCAGUAAUUUAAAGUCUACUUUACCAGAUAGAUUUGAUAUGUUUGUGUUUUCUGCAGUGGUGCCAGGGGUGAGAAUGCUCCCUCAGCAGCCCUCCCAAAGUAAACCAGGACGCUCCGCUGCAAGUAACCCCAUAAGCGAAGCUGACAGGAAUGAAAUCUGCCUCUACUUCAUCCGCAGGGACUGCAGAUACAAAGGUGACUUGCUAACCGGAGAUUUCAACUGCUGUCUCGAACAAUACAGAUUAAAAGGGAGGAAGCUUGUUCAUAGGCUUACAGGUUUUAGCUUUUAGUCUUCAUCUGGGUCAUUAUAAAAUAUAUGACCAAAAACAUCUUGUCUGUAUGCCCUAACCCUAACCCAUUAUUGAAGUAGCUUUAUAUGUAGAGACGUGGAUGCAUUUGAUUGGAUGUUUUGGACUUUUUUCUGUUUAAACUUACCCUAUUUAAAAGCAAUCUAGUGGUUGUGUAUUUUAUAAUGACUCUGAUUAAGAGUGAAAACUGAAAUGUGUCAGUCCAUGAAUUAGGUUAUUCAUAUAUCACACAUGUUGCUGCAGUUUGAACCCUUUUAAAAACUGAAUCAUUUCUUGAAAGCAGGUAAAGUUUUGCUGAAAUCCUCUAAACUACUUUGACAACAAAGAAUACAAAGUUCUUUCUAUAAAACAAGAGUACUAACAUGCUGUGAAAGAAUUAAGUAUUCGUUAUGAUGAUGAGUUAAAUGUAAGAGGCAAGUACAAAAACAACAGUAACGGUCAGAGAUGGACAAAAUGGAUGGAUUUUUUUUUGUGAAAGAUCUCGCAGCAACAUGUUGGACAAGCUUUCAACAGGAGUUUUGAAUGAAAUAAGUGUAGAAAUAAUACAUUUAGAAAUAAACUGAUGUGCAUUUUCCAAAAAAAAAAAAGAAAGUUGUAUGUGAAGAGAAGUUAUCUUUAUUUUUGCAUCUGUCUUUUUUAGAGAAGUGUGCUCGUGUCCACUGGCCCCUUCCUUACAGAUGGCAAGUGUUAGAGAGCGACGGCGUGACCUGGAAGGACCUGCCUGACAUGGAGGGCAUUGAAAAGGCCUACUGUGAUCCAGGACGGGACAAGAGCAGCAUGGACCAGCCGACACAGACAUUAGGCAUUUUCAGAUUUCUGUCACUUCAAAGGUGUGUAUGAAGAAACAAACAAAAGGGAUGCGCAGAUGAGUCCUUAUCUAAAACAUACAGUAUUUCUGGCCAUUUGCAAGAAUAAGUCUCUAGAAACUUCCAUUUCCGGGACUUACUGAGUGCAGUGGAAAGUUUGGAAGAACAAGUUUUUGGUUUCUCUUUUGCAGCAGUGAGCUACUGUGCCUUUGCUUAUCUCAAGGCCAGUAGAGAUUUUGUGUAAUCACACCUUCCAUACUCACAUCCGAAGAAUAGUUUUUCUUCUCUGAUACAGAUUUCCUCUCACUCUCUUUACUUUCAGUAACACACCACCACAGCAGCAGUCAGCUGACUUCACCAUGAUGACAUGGGGAGGGUCUCCUAUCCGUCGCCUCUCCACUGCCUCCUCUGUCUCAAAGCCUCCUCACUUCAUUCUCACUACUCAGUGGCUGUGGUACUGGAAGGAUGAAAACCAGGAGUGGCAGGAGUUUGGACAGGUUGGUGCGAAUUUUGUUGUCUUCAUUUUUUUCUUUUAUCAAUCAGAUUUUAUUUUAUUUUCAGAAUUUACAUAUAACCAUACAUCAUUUUAAUUCAAUAAAGUAGAAAAUGACAAGAAAAGGAUAAAACAUGAGGGAAAAAAGGAAAACAAAACAACAAGAAGGGUAAACAAAGAAAAACCCCACCAACAACAACACAACAGUGUGUCAUCAGUUAAAGAAAUAUGUGUCCUUAUAUUUAUAAAAAAAAGUAUUUUUUUAUCAUUAUCUCAGUCUGGGACCCCCUAAACCACCAUCUCCCCUAUGUAUGGUUUCAUUUAGACCUUUAGGCAAGUAAUCCAUAAGGGGCCGCCAUGUGUCCAUAAAGAUAUCAUCAUUCCCUUUUAAUUUGGCACUUAGCCUUUCCAACGGUGAAACUCGAACUCUGAGUCACAGUGGGGGGUUGUUGUCUUCAUUUUUAAAUUUGAAUCUUCCAGGAUUUAAGUUUUCCUUGCAACCUUCACCCAAUAUUUUUAUAUGACAUUGAUGUUUUUUGAUCUUACAAGGUUCAAAUUCUACUGUAACUCAUAGAAAAUAACAGUAACUGUUGACCAAGUGUCACAGCCCUCCCCUGGGAUCUGUUUGCUACAGGCUAGCUCCCUUGACUUCAGAUUCGGUCUUUAUGCCACUUGUGACUUGUAUUCUAUUUUUGACUUUAACUCUCCCUUUUUUUUGCUCUUCAGGGCGCUACUGACGAAUCAGCCUCUCUCACCUCUCAGACUCUGGAGAAUGUGUACCUGGCAGACAGGGAUACAGAGAUCCCAUUUAGUGCUGGCCAACAUAAGUACGUCCUCCACUUUAAAGGUGACCCGGGAACCCAUCAGAUGUACCAGCAGAACAUCAAAUACAAAACCAAGAGAGAGGUCAGACGGAGGCCUAGCUUUGUGUCUGCACAGGACGUGGAGCUGAAGCUAAAGAGGUGUUUUUAUUUAGAAACAGAAACAGAUUUCGCAGUCUUGCUGCAAUUUUAGCUGCUGCUUUUGGAUUUCUCUUGAUGUAAAGUGACUUCAGUCAGACUUUUCUCAUGUUUGUCUGCAUUUAGCCUGUCAUCACAUGGCUCCAGCACCUCCACAGCUGAAAACAUCCCAUCCCACUGGGACAAGAACGCCAUACCAGACUUGGGAUAUAAGGUACCUCUUUAGCAUUGAUCAUUACAUAAAAUGCUAGUGAACAGAAUUGAUUAAAAAUGGUGCAAAGACAACUUAUCAAAUACUACACUCAUUUUGAAUUUGAUGCCAACAAUACGCGUGUAAAAAGUAGGUUCAGAGACAAGCUCACUAUCUGAAGCAUCAGCACUUGUUUUACUCGUCUUUGACUCUACCUUUUACAUUUGAGAACCCAGGAGACAAGUUUCUGGAAUUACAAAGUAAAAUGUUGUCCCAGUCUUGCCUCACAGAGGAUUCUAGAAGGCAGGCAAGCAGGACUCUUCUUCUGAAUUGUCAGACAACAGUCCAGUUUUCUUCUUCUCCCCUGUCCACCUUAACUGAGGAGAGGUCUCUGGUGUUUCUGGCUCAUGUUUCUUUCUGGUUUCCUCUUUGCAUGAUUAAAUUUUAACCUCAUUUGGCAGUCUCUCACAGAGUGAUGAACCUCUGAGAGACUCAGCCUCUCUGAAUGUCUUUUUUAUACCCAGUCAUGUUCCUAACCUGUUGGAAAUUCACCUCAUUAGUUGAAGAUGUUUCUCCAGCUGUUUGUUAGUAUUACCCAACUUUUCACCUGUUUGGUUGUUCUUCUAUAACAACUUUUCACCUGUUUGGUUGUCCCUGUCCCAACUUUUUUGGCAUCAAUUUUGAGAGAAGCAUAUAGUUUCCAUUAAUUUCCAGUUUUAGCAUUUGAUUUGUUGUCAUUGGACUGUAUAAAAUCUAGUUUCAAAAAUUUGCAAACAAUAAAAAAGUUGUAUCAACAAUUUGCUCAGGGUCCCAACUUUUUUGGAGUUGGUGCUGUUGAUGUAGCGAAUGUUACCCCAGAAAGUGGCUGUUCAAAGGUUGGCCAAGGGGUGUUUGUACAAAUAUAUACUAUCCUGCUAUUGGAAAUUUCUGAAUUCAUCAGCUUUUGUCAGAUUAAAAAUAUAGCUCCUAGGAGUGACAGACAGUUUGUUUGCUAACUCACAUACAGAUGUCUGUUUAUGUAGAUGAAUGAAAAGCUAAUUCAUAGCUAUGUGUUAACCAAAGCUAAGGCUUGCUGUAUUGCUAUUGUUUAACAUUUUUAAGUCUAACAAACGUUUCACAAACCAAUUCUCUUGGUUCACAUCAAAUUUCCUGCAAUAAGCUACAGAAAUAAAAUGCUAACCUCCAAAAUGUUUUUUUAUACUAAAUAUUGAGAAUAUGUUUGUACUGUACAUCUCAUACCUGUUCUUCUGCCCUGUAAUCUUUUCUUCCAGUUCGUGCCUCUCUCAGAAUCUACGGAGUACAAUAUGAUUAAAAAAUUGUUUAAGAACACAAUGCCCUCGAGUAAAAUUCACAAAAUCCAAAGGAUCCAGAACCCUUCCCUGUGGGGUGUCUUUCACUGGUAAGAGAAAGAACUUACAUUUGACUGAAUUGAGUAAAAAAAUGUCAGUGUGAAAACCAAUCUGGGGCACCGAGAAAGGGAUUAUUUGCCUGGUCUUCAGAGAUAUCAUCUGAUUUUGCAGCUCUUCUCCCCUAAUAGAGCAAUGUAGUUCGAUUUCAACUUGAAAAAUCCAAAUCAAACCAAUGACUUGCUUUACAAUCUCUACAAAAAAAUAAUGAAAUUAUUUUUAAUCCAUCAAUUUGUAUACUUAUGUAAUGAAAAAUGUUAAUAAAAAAGUAAAGGACAAAAAAUAAAUCGCUGUGGUUCUGAUAAUAUAAAAGUAGAGGACCAAAGGACUGAUCCCUGAGCAUCUCCAUUUUUGUAUGACCUUUUGCAUUUUUGAGCCUUUUUCUUAGCUGUUUUUUUUUCACGUUUAUUAAAUAAACAAAAAGUCAUAUUGAUGCUGUUUUACAAAAUCAAAAAGCAAAUAAAACCAUCAAAAUCAAGUCUGAUUACCAAAGUUAGGGAGUAGAUGGUGUAGCAUGUUGGGGAAUGGGGAUCUAGAUACAGUAUUUUGCUUAGGAGCUGAUGAAAAAAAAAAAAAACAUAAAAAAAUGGAGCUUAUGGUGUCAGUUCAUCCAAAAUAAAAUAAAAUACGCUGUAAAAUGUAAGCACAUGAAUGAUAAGUUAAACCUGUGUGUUCAGGCAAAAAGAGCAGAUGAAAAAGAGGAACGGAGGGAAAACUGUGAACCAGCAGUACUUGUUCCAUGGGACUGAUGAGUCCCUGAUUGAGGCGAUCUGUGAUCAGAACUUUGACUGGAGGAUGUGUGGUGUCCAUGGGACGGCCUACGGCAAAGGUAAAGAGGAACGGAUUUGAAGUAUAAUGGCUGUUUAAUAAAUACAAUAAAUAUAAAGUAUCAAAUGCUGAAAAUCUGUUCUGAUACUGCUGGAGCCAUUAAGUUUUCUGGUCCAGGGUAUAUCAGACUCUAUAAAGCAGCGCACUUUACCAUGUUCUCACCAUAUUUUCUGAUUUUCAGCUGAAACUUUCUUUUGAUUUUUUUAGGGAGCUACUUUGCCAAAAAUGCCUCCUAUUCAGACAGAUAUACCCGUGCCAACAGCCACCAGACGAGGACCAUGUUUGUUGCUCUGGUCCUAGUGGGGGAGCACACUCGUGGGAGCAGCAGCUAUGUCAGACCUCCAGCAAAACGAGAUGGCAAAACCCUCUACGACAGCUGUGUGGACCGUGAGAACGACCCGAGCAUCUAUGUUGUCUUUGAGAAGCAGCAGAUCUAUCCUGAGUAUCUCAUCACUUACUCAUGAAAGCACAAUGAUGGGUGGAGAGUUUGGCCCUAUUGGGGCACUCUGCAGGACACUCCUUGUCCUUUUUUUUCUGUUUUACCAUGGUGGAAGGAAUAUUCCAAGUUGAGAGAAAAAAUGUAGAAUUAAAAUGCUGGUUUAAAAGCCUUUAUUUAGCAAAGAAGAAAAAAACUAUGAAAAAAAACAAAAACAAAACAAAGCAAAAAAAACAACAACUACAUAGCAUAUUAAACUUAUUUUAAGUAGGAAUGCAUGAUGUGAUUUUUUUGAAACAAUACCAAUAACUGCAUUUGCACUUUGUAAAAACACAUUUGCACCACAAGUGGCAGAAAUCUAGUCCUCUGUGACCUUUAAAAACAAGAUGGAAAUGUUUGUCCCCAUCAAUGUUUAUGAUUGUGGGGCUUCUAUUUUGAAAGACUCGUAAAAGAAUGCUGCAGGCCGUGGCCCAUUACAUAUUUUUACACUGAGAGAGGCUUAUAGUGAGCUUAAUCUGUGCUCGCUCUGCCUUUCCUGCCUCUCACCAUAAGGAACAAAAAAAUCACACUGUUUCAAUUCACGACACGAAACUAAUUGCAGGCAAAGAUUUCAUCUCUGGGGGUUCAAUAAAAAGCAAAAAUCGCCCCAAAAAAUUGUGAAAAAAAAAGGAAAAAAAGAUUUUGCCUCUGCAUUCAAACUAACAUUCCACGAACCCACGAGUUGGGCUACUCAUUCAGUGGUCCACAUGGGGACCUUUUAUUUGAUUACCUUUGUUCUGCAUGUAUUUGGAUCUGAACGCACCUGCACCAGAUCCAAAGCACCAUACUAAAACAGCUCAGCAGAGACUCAGGAUACUAAUACCUCUCAAAGAGAUGAGACAUGAAGUGAAUUAAUUUCUUUGUGCAAAUGCACACUGUGGUUAUUACUGCUUUAUAUUUCUUCAAUAAAUCUUUGUCAGGAUAACUACCUUUCAGGUGACUUUACAGAUGAGUUAAAACUUUCUGCAGACUGUAUUUUGUUGCUCUGUACUUGUGACAUGUGCACUGACAAUAAAGUUGAAUUCUAUUCUAUUCUAAAACUUAAGUACUUUUCCCUCCUUUCAAGAAGUGAAACAUUGUCCAUGCGGGUGACUCGAGGUUGUUUUUUCUUUCACUUUUUGUAAUUGUUAUUUACACAUUAUCCUCUUAAAGUCUAUCAAUGUAAUCAAUACAAAUAAACAAAACAAAAAAAAAGACAACAACU